AUGAAUGGGCUCCAGAAUCUGGGAGCCCAUAUUUUUAUGGGCCGGCCUGUAUUUUAUUGUAUUAUAUUCUCUGCUAUCAAUACUCAAAAAGAAAAGGAAAAUAUACUCCAGAAUGUAAUCCAGCAGCUUGCUUCCUUUACUCUUCUUUUUUGCAGCUUUUAUUAUUUGAGGCCAUCCACCUUACCAAACUUGGAAGGAACUUCGCUGGCUCCUGCUGAUCGCAAAGAUUCGAAAUGUGUUUAUUCCGAUCAAGACCUCACACGUUUCAUGGAGCAUGGAUCACUCUUCUUCACUAACGGCAACUAUGCUGAAGCUGCUUAUUGCUUCAGGGAUGCUCGGGAAGCCAGUCUGUGUGGAGCCACUAGCUCCUCAGGCUAUGUUCCUGAUCAUGGUAAAAGGCGAGAACUAAAUCUUGCAUGGUCACUCAUGGAAUAUCAACAAGGGAAAGCAAACAUACUGUCUGCCCUGGGGGAGACUCAAUCCCUCGAUACUUCCGUAGGAGACAACGGGCUGUUAUUAGCAAAGGAGAUUUGUGACGCUAUAUCUGUAGGAACAAAGGGCAUUGACUUACAUGAAUGA